UCUGCCUAUCGAUAUGCUGUUGACACGUCCAGUUUAGUUUAUUUACAAUUUGACCAAAUCAUUUUAGCUGCAAUUUAUGGCUGAUUUUCAAGAGCAGCUGCGACAAUAUCGCCUUCAAAAGAGAAGAAAGGAAACUGUGGACAACUUCAAGGACAAGUUGCGUAGAUUCUGGAUGUUGGGCACUGGAGCUAACAAAGAUACAACCAUCGAGGUACAACAGGUACCAGCAAAAGCAGAAGUUACCUCUGAAAACUCGCAGGAUGAUGAGGCUGUGGCAUCCUCCAGUGAAAAUGAACUGCUGCCUGAGGAAAACACCAUGCCCUCCAGAUCCACAGAUCAUCAUCAUAGGGAAAACAACGGUCUCAAAUACACCCUUUGGGCGGUAUAUCUUCUCUUCUGGAUAACUCUCUAUGCGAUAGCCAUAAAGCUGAGUUUCGGAUUGGUUUUUCUCAUGUUUUCCGCGCUUUUCGGCAUCUACUUCAAUACCCGAACGGAUCCCAAGAAACGGAAUGAGAUGAGUGCCUAUAGUGUGUUCAACAAAAACUGUGAAAGCAUCGAUGGAACCUUGAAGGCAGAGCAAUUCGAGCGGGAAAUCCGCUAUGGAUCGGGAAGUGUACGUUAGGAAUAGUUUAAGAUAUGUCAUCAAAUGUUUAUAAAACAUAUACAAAAAAAAAUUAAAAUGUUAUUGUUAACGUAAAAGUUAAUCUGAAAAUUUGAUCAUAUCUUAACAAACCGUUUUCACAGUAUGCACAAUUUAUUAUUUUCAAUAAUUAAAAAUUCCGCCUACCGGUUAUUGUCCAC